AUGGCUGCCUGCAACGCUGGUAUUGCCCAACUCCAUUCCUAUACACUUCCUUUCCUCCAUAUCUUUAUGAUCUCCUUUUUCUCGUCUCUAAUGAUCCCUUCUGGGAAUUCAUUAUCCUUCAAUUUGGGCAAUUUUGAUCCGAAUGAUCAUGAAAUUGUUUUUGAGGGGCAUGCUUCUUAUUCUGCUGAUAAAGUCAUCCAACUCACCAGCAACCAGGAGGACAAAAAGAUGAAUGAUAGUUGGGGUCGAGCUACAUACUGUAAGCCGUUUCAACUCUGGGAUAAGGCCUCCGGAAGAAUGGCUGAUUUCACUACCAAUUUCUCCUUCGAAAUUGAUUCUCAAAGAAACUUUUCUUAUGGUGAUGGACUCGCAUUCUUUCUUGCUCCAAACAGUACCCGACUGCCUUCAGAUGUGACAGGAGGCAGCCUGGGUCUUGUGUCUAGGAACCAGACGCUGAACUCAACAGCCAAUCACUUUUUUGCAGUGGAGUUUGAUACUUUUCCAAAUGCUUGGGAUCCAAAACAUGAUCAUGUUGUUGAUCUGAGCGAUUACUUGCCUGAAUUCGUUAGUAUUGGCUUCUCAAGUGCAACAGGAGAUUUUUCCGAGAUAAACAUCAUUCACUCAUGGAAUUUCAGUUCAGCUUUACAAAUCACUGAUAGUGCAGAGGAAAACGAAGAAAAGAAGACAGGACUAGUGGUGGGAUUGAGUAAAAAGGUAAGCGAGAAAGGAGAAGAUAAUCUUGAUUUUGACCUGUCCAUGGAUGACGACCUUGAAAAGGGUACUGGGCCUCGGAAGUUUAUGUACCAUGAGUUGGUUCUUGCCACAAAUAACUUUGCAGAGGGAGAGAAGGUUGGAGAGGGAGGGUUUGGUGGGGUCUAUAAAGGUUUCUCGAGGAAUCUAAGCUCCUACAUUGCCGUUAAAAGGGUAUCAAAAGGGUCCGACCAAGGGAUAAAGGAGUAUGAAUCUGAAGUAAAGAUCAUCAGUAGGUUGAGACAUUGGAAUCUUCUGCAGCUGUUGGGCUGGUGCCAUAAGAAAAGAGAGCUUCUAUUGGUUUACGAGUUCAUGCCUAAUGGUAGUUUGGCUUCUUGUUUGUUUCAAGGCAAAAUCUUGUUGACAUGGGCAAUGAGAUACAAAAUUGCUACUGGAUUGGCCUCGGCGUUGCUCUACCUGCACGAAGAAUGGGAACAAUGUGUUGUGCAUAGAGAUGUAAAAUCCAGUAAUGUUAUGCUGGAUGCGGAAUUCAAUGCGAAGCUUGGUGAUUUCGGGCUAGCCAGGCUUGUUGAUCAUGGGAAAGGGUCAAAAACCACAGUUUUGGCAGGGACAGUGGGGUAUAUGGCUCCUGAAUAUAUCUUGACGGGCAAGGCUAGCAAGGAAUUGGAUGUCUACAGUUUCGGAGUUGUUGCUUUGGAAAUUUGCAGUGGAAGAAGAUGUGUAGAACCAAAUGCCCAAGAAGAUCAGAUCAGAUUGGUGGAGUGGGUUUGGGACCUUUAUGGAGUAGGAAAGCUUCCUGAAGCCGCUGACCCAAGACUAGCUGCAGAUUUUGAUGAGGAACAAAUGGCACGCCUGAUGGUUGUUGGGCUUUGGUGUGCUCACCCAGACUGCAGUCUUCGUCCCUCAAUAAGGCAAGCAAUUAAUGUCCUUAAUUCUGAAGCCUCAUUGCCUGCUCUCCCCUCAAAGAUGCCUGUGCCAAUGUAUUAUGCUCCUCCAGAAAAUAAUUCUGCCAUUUCAUCACUUCAAACAUCCUAUACUGCUACCACUUCUGAGAGAAGCCAAUCCUAG